AUGGAGAGUGGUUUAAAUUGUGAAAACAAGAAAUUGGUUGAUGAACUUACUCAGGGGAUGGAACGAGCUAUGCAACUACGUGUUCAUAUAUGCUCGAAUUUUCCCUCUAAGGCUCAUGACUUGCUCCUUCAGGGAAUAAUAUCGACUUUCGAGAAUUCUCUGUUGAUUCUGAAGUGGGGUGGGCCUGCUGCACAAGCACAAGUGGGACCACCAACACCAGCCGCACUCGAGUCUUCCUUAUCCGCAGGCGUGUCCCCAAAAAGCGAGAAGGUCGAUAUAAACUUGACUAUUCGUCCAGACCAUGAACAUGCACCUAAGAAGAGAAAGUCGCAGCCCACAAUGACCGAACAAGUGAGAGUUAGCAGUGAAAACGGACUCGAUGGACCAUUAGACGACGGAUAUAGUUGGAGAAAGUACGGGCAGAAAGACAUCUUGGGAGCCAAACAUCCCAGAAGCUAUUACCGAUGCACGUACCGUGCAGUUCGAAAUUGCUGGGCCAAAAAGCAAGUGCAGAGAUCGGAUGACGACCCCACUUUAUUCGAGAUCAUAUACAAAGGGACACACACGUGCAGCCAGCCAAGCUACAUAGUUCCAAAGGCCACAGCAUCACCACAAGAACAACAUAAUCAAACACUUUUGUACUCCAAAAGAGCUAACUGCCUCAAGGUCGAGACUGGAGACUUGGAUGCCACGAAUGUACAGGCACACUUCUGUUUUCCAACAACAUUUUCGGGGACCGAAGGAGAAAAUCAGUAUUCCACAUUACCUGAAUAUCAAACGAGCAAUUAUCCUCCUAUUUCCUAUAAUCCAGACAUACCAGAUUCGAAUUACCUGUCGGCUGUGACUUGCCAGAUGACGGAAAUAACCUCGGGGCAUGCGUUGUCAACAACAACAAAUUCUCUGCUGUUGGAGUUCCCGACUGAUCCAGUCGAUGUAGAUCCGAACUUCCCAUUCUAUUCCCUGAAUUUUUUGCAUGAUUGA